AUGCUUCCAACAGGAGGAGCACUACAAUUAGAUUUCGAAUUCUACAUCAGUAAUUUAGAUGAGAUCAGAGAAGAAGAUAUGGACUUUGAAUUAAAGGGGUUUGUUUCAGCUAAGUGGACAGACUACCGUCUCAAUUGCAGCGAUUUCUGCCCUAUAGAUAAUUAUAUUUGCGCCAAAUUCUUGUGGACUCCCAACAUUCUCUUUGAUGAUGCGAAACAAGUCAGAUCUUUCCCCGAGCGUGAAAUGCUAUUCAAAGUAAGACCACCAGCAGCAGUUUCUCAAACAACAGGGUACAUGUUUAAAGUCGGAUGUAAAAUGGAUUUCGGAGAUUAUCCAUUUGAUACACAGAAAUGCAUAUUUUCAAUACGACUACUAAACACGAUCGACUCCGUCAUUCACAUUCAGUGGAACACCAAUCAUUCCAAACCUGUUUUGCUUUUAAACAAAAUCGAGCCUCCCCAGUUCUAUUUGAGGACGCCGUAUGAGAGUUUACGGUUCUCCAAAAGCGUUAAUGGUUAUAGGUACAUUCUUGACGUAAACAUCAUUUUAGUGCGUCGUCUGACAGGCAGCAUCAUCAACAUCUACGCCCCUUCCUCUCUCAUCACGGCCGUGAGCUGGGUAACAUUUUGGUUGCGCCUCGAAGCUGCCCCGGCGAGAGUUUCACUAAGCAUCACUUCGUUGUUAACUCUGUGCACCCAAGUUCAGUUCAACAAAUCUCAACUUCCACCUCUCAACUACAUCACCGCCGUAGAUAUUUGGCUGUUUGUGUGCAUUUUUCUGGUAUUUUCAACACUGGUUGAAUUUGCUAUCUCUUACAACACCUACUCAAAAACAAAAACAAGCGAAAUUCAAGACUACAGAUCAGAGGACAAUAUGAAACAAAUACUGAACUCUAAAAUAUGGAUCUUACAGAUAAACCGGGAGGAAACCACACCACGGGACAAUACACCUCGAUGGUCAUCUAUGGUAAAGAGGUUCUCGGAUUGGUUAUGUAAAACGCCAUCUGAUGAGAUCUCCAGAAUGGAUGUUGCCAGCAGAAAAUUAUUUCCCUUUUGCUUUUUCCUGUUUGCUUUUAUAUACUGGGCACAUUACUUGAGAAUUUACAAACGCGAAUGAAGAUAGAAAAGUAUUAUCGAUUAUUUUUUAUUAAUUCUUUUCUGAUUUCUUCCUGUUCUGAUCAAAAAAAUUCCAUUUAUAUCUAAAAGUCGCACAAAUAUUUGUAAAUGUUCUACAUGUGUUGUCAAGAAUUUUAAAUGAAUUUUCAUCAUGUUCUUAUUGUUCAUUUGAGGUAUUGUGUCAGUAUGUAUAGUGUAAAAUGAAACAUUUUGACCACUUGCGUUGGACAGACGUGCACCUUACGUCGAAAUGUUUUUGUCACUAAAUUGUUAAAGACUCGUUGUACACAUCGGUAAGGAAUUAUCGACAAAUAGACUGAGAUUGUUUGCUGGAGUACAGUUAACACUCUUAGAUCGAAAGUGAAUUCAUUUAGAAGAUAUAUAUCUUUUUCUUAUUUUUAUAAGGUAUCGGAUACUUCGUUCCGGUUUCGCCACGAAUUACAGUGGACUGUUUUGGAAUAUGCAUCUGCGAAUAUUUUGCCAACGCAAGUGGUAAAUGUUUGAA